GCAGAAAUACUCAGUGUGCUCAGUCACAAAAACAUCAUUCAGUUCUACGGAGCCGUCAUUGAACCUCCAAAUUAUGGCAUAGUUACAGAGUAUGCUUCUGCUGGCUCACUGUUUGAUUACAUUAAUAGUAACAAAAGUGAAGAGAUGGAUAUGGAUCAUAUCAUGACCUGGGCAACUGACAUAGCUAAAGGAAUGCACUAUUUACACAUGGAAGCUCCAGUCAAAGUAAUCCACAGGGAUCUGAAGUCCAGGAAUGUUGUUAUAGCUGCUGAUGGUGUGUUAAAGAUCUGUGAUUUUGGCGCCUCAAGGUUCCACUCCCAUACAACACACAUGUCAUUAGUGGGCACUUUUCCAUGGAUGGCCCCAGAAGUUAUUCAAAGUCUCCCGGUGUCUGAAACAUGCGACACGUACUCGUAUGGAGUGGUUCUCUGGGAGAUGCUAACAAGGGAGGUCCCCUUUAAAGGCUUGGAAGGAUUACAAGUAGCUUGGCUUGUAGUGGAAAAAAACGAGAGAUUAACCAUUCCAAGCAGUUGUCCCAGAAGUUUUGCAGAACUGAUGCACCAAUGUUGGGAUGCUGAUUCAAAGAAAAGGCCAUCUUUCAAGCAGAUCAUUUCAAUCCUGGAAUCUAUGUCAAAUGACAGCAGCCUUCCAGACCAGUGUAACUCAUUCCUGCAUAACAAGGCGGAGUGGAGGUAA